AGCGCGGCGGGCCCGGGGCCCGCUGGCGGAGACAUUUGCGAGCCGAGUGUCUCCAAGAUGGCGGCGUGGGGAAGGAGGCGCGCUGGCCCCGGCAGCACCAAUAGUGGUGGCGGCCGGGAGAGGGUCACCUUGUCCUCCACAGACUGCUACAUUGUGCAUGAGAUCUACAACGGAGAGAACGCUCAGGACCAGUUUGAGUACGAGCUGGAGCAGGCCCUGGAGGCGCAGUACAAGUACAUAGUGAUCGAGCCCACCCGCAUCGGGGACGAGACCGCCCGCUGGAUCACCGUGGGGAACUGCCUGCACAAGACAGCCGUGCUGGCAGGCACCACCUGCCUCUUCACCCCCCUGGCACUUCCAGUAGAUUAUUCUCACUACAUCUCCCUGCCUGCCGGGGUGCUGAGCGUGGCUUGCUGCACCCUCUACGGCAUCUCCUGGCAGUUCGACCCCUGUUGCAAGUACCAGGUGGAGUACGAUGCCUAUAAACUGUCCCGCCUGCCCCUGCAUACGCUCACCUCCUCCACCCCCGUGGUGCUGGUGAGGAAGGACGACCUGCACAGAAAGAGACUGCACAACACGAUAGCCCUGGCUGCCCUGGUGUACUGUGUAAAGAAGAUCUAUGAGCUCUAUGCUGUAUGACUGCAGCAGGGGGGAAGAGAGAAAACCCACCGAGGCAAGCGUGUUAAAGACUCCCACAGUAACGUUUUGUUUUUCCUCUUUUGAGAAGCAGUGGAGACUGGAGAAGGAGUUGGGGUUGGUUGGAGUUGGGGUUGGU